AUGGAGAUGCUAUACAGGGUCGGUGGCAUUCCUGUGAUCGUGUUACCUUCGCUCUACGGCGCGCAGCAUAGGUCAUCGGGUUCAUCAUCGUUGUCCACCCGUUCUGUAGCGCGCGAACUCAGCAUGAGCAACAAGUACCUUUCACGCGGCUGGUGUUUUUUUGAGCUCUGCCUAGCUUUUGCCUACGGCAACAUUGCUAACGCGCAGAUCGAUCCCAACGUUCAGGAUCUGGUCCACACAGUCAAAAGGCUGAACGCAGAUUCGGUGGAGGGCUUCCGUGAGGCAUUCAAGCGCACUCGUUUCACGUGCGAGGGGGACGAGGCCGUGGUUCUCCAGUUGUUCGAGCGGACCCUGAGGCAGAAGAGGGCGAGGCUGUCGGCGGCGGCCCUGCUGCGGUGGCCACUGCACGGCCGCGGCUGA